UUGACAUUGGUCAACAUCCUCUUUUCCAUAACGUACCUGUCGGUCACUCAUCUGUUGUCUUUUGCUGCCCCAGGUACUUGUACCACCUGCUGUCGAAGAACCAGACGGUCACCGAGCAGAACAAGGGCAUCCUGGUGGAGACGCUGCGCUCGAUCGCAGAGAUUCUCAUCUGGGGCGACCAGAAUGACAGCACCGUGUUUGAUUUCUUCCUGGAGAAGAACAUGCUGUCCUUCUUCCUGAAGAUCAUGAAGCAGAAGUGUGGCCGCUACGUGUGCAUCCAGCUGCUGCAGACGCUCAACAUCCUCUUCGAGAAUAUCCGCAACGAGACAUCACUAUAUUACCUCUUGUCCAACAACCAUGUCAACUCCAUCAUAGUGCACAAGUUUGACUUUUCUGACGAAGAGGUGAUGGCAUACUACAUAUCUUUCCUGAAGACCCUCUCCCUCAAGCUCAACAAUCACACCAUCCAUUUUUUCUACAAUGAGCACACCAAUGACUUUCCUUUGUACACCGAGGCCAUCAAGUUCUUCAACCACAACGAGAGUAUGGUGCGCAUUGCCGUCCGCACCCUCACCCUGAACGUCUUCAAAGAAGCUAAUGCCAGCAGGCCCGAAGGCAUGCUGCAAUCCAAACAUAAGAGAAAAAAUGGACGUGUGGAGGACAGGGCGAUGCUGAAGUUCAUCCGCGACCGGACGGCCGCGCCCUACUUCUCCAACCUUGUCUACUUCAUCGGCAAGCACGUCCUCGAGCUGGACAACUGUGCCAUGCAUGCCGAGCACGGCAACAGUACUAGGCUGUCUGACCUGGUGGCCGAGCACCUGGACCACCUCCACUACAUGAACGACAUCCUGUGCCUUCACAUCGAAGCCCUGAACGCGGUGCUCACCGACCACCUCCUCAACCGGCUCCUGGUGCCGCUUUACGUCUACUCGCUCGUCCAGGGACCCCACCCGUGCCUGGCGGACGACCGGAAGAAAGUCAGCAGCGUAGUGUCCCUGUUCCUCUUGUCACAGGUGUUCCUUAUAGUGUCACAUGAGCCAUUAGUCCGGCAGCUGGCCAACAUCAUCCUGAACCGAGACAUGAAAGUGUUCACCUCACGGGCCAAGGAUGACUCUGCCUCGAACAAGAGUGACUUGGGCAGCGAGCCUGAGUUUGUGGCCCCCGAGGAAACGCUAGAGAAGAGCCUGGAGACGUGGACAGCUGUGGCCCCGGCGAGCGAGGCUAUGGCAGCCAUGAGCGCCGAGGAACAGGGCUGCCGCGGCGACCCUCAUGCUAGCGGCUCGGCUACGACGACACCGACCAACUCUUACCCGCCUGGCCUGCACCCAUCAGUGCCCUGCCACCCAGAGGACGGCGAUCACUCGCAGCCGGCGUCGGCGACCGACUGUAAGUUUGUUGUCACCGUGUCGCGAGUGCUGUAUGCACCUUAUUGAGGAGCUUUAGCUGGU